GAAAAGUUACGUGGUCAUUCCGGAACAUGACAAACCUUUCAAUUGAUUUUUCGCCUCCUCGCAAAGCAAAAAGCAACCCAACUGAAGCCGUAGCAUUACAGAGAAAAUAGAGUGAGAAGCGAACUUGAAAAUGGCGAGCAAUCUCGCAAACAGAGCAGUAACGGAUCGAACCAUAAAACUAUGGAGGCUCACAUCGAGCUUCCUCAGAAGCUUCAGCACUGCUUCCGAAAACCCUGUUGCUGCUUCUGCUGCUUCUCCUUCUUCUUCGGCUUCGAAGAAACCCAAGCGCAAGAAGAAGAAGAACCUGUUUGAGGUGGCUCAGUUUUUGCCCAACUGGGGAUUAGGGUACCAAAUGGCUAAGACUCACUGGGUUGGCGUCUCUUACCAGAUCACCAAAAUCAAUCUUUACAAGGACGGUAGGCAUGGCAAAGCAUGGGGCAUCGUUCAUAAGGAAGGCUUGCCAGCUGCAGAUGCUCCCAAGAAAAUAAGUGGAGUCCACAAGCGUGGUUGGAGGUACAUUCCAAACUCAAAGUCGCCUGAAAGUGUUCCAAGUGUGACUAAACCUACAGAAAGUGCUCCAGCAGCUGAAGUUCAAGCAGCUUGAUGCGUUUCCUCCAUUUUUUGGAAAGAUGUAGAACUUUUGGUUAGAUAUGAUUUUUUUUUUCUCUUUCUUCGGUUUAGUAUGUUUGACGCUCCACUGUAACAUCCUUCCUUGUGCAUUGAAGCUAGAAUACGCUUACAGCAAUGCGAAUUGGAAAUGUUUUUUCAGAAAGAAGGAUUGAGCACAUUCGUGUCUGUUUUUUUAUUUAUCAAUAUGUUUCACGUUGGCUCUGGUGCCUGGUUCUGUUUCUUCUUAUGGCAUGAAUGCUAUCGGGAUGGUGUCUGAUUAUCUUUUAGAACUUCAUUUUUUUUCCC